GGCACUGCCCUUAAAUGACCCUUUUUCUAAUAGAAGGAGCUGUUUGGGGAGUACAAGGGGAGCAGACCCAGAUAUACAUGCACCCCCUCUUUCUACUUGUUAUUAUAAACCCAGAAGUUUGAGGUUUCCUUUAUCCUUAUGAUGUGCAGGGUAAGUACCACCCAGCAGCAUUUAUACCUUACCCCCAUCCAUGAUACAAAUGGACAAGCCCAAAUAGUUUUAAUGCUAAUAAUCAUUUCCCCCCAUCUACGUGUGCCAGAAACUGACAUUUCAAUACAUUUCAGUCCCCCCCGCCCCAAACUAUGAUAUGGGAGGAGCCUUGUUACUCUGAGAGGUUCUGUGGGACAAUAGUCAGGGUGGGGUCAGUUGGCUCCCUGCUGGGCUACUUGCCCCCAUACAGGCUUUUAUAUGCAGAGGAACGAGUAACAAUGGGAGAAGUAAGGGAGGAGCCGGGGCAGAGUCUCCCCUUUAUCCUCAUUACUCCCCAUGGCUAAGGGCAGAAGGGGGGAGUAGUAUAAAGAGUUGGGGAAUAUCUCCAAGGAGCAGAUUUCUGGGGAGAGUCUCUGCUGAGGACGUACCAGGGGGAAGAGAAGAAGAGCCGGACAGGAAGGAAUUCUUACCCAGACACAGGUUCCCGGGGGGUCGGACUGGAGAGAAUAAGGAUUUACCCAGAGGGGGAUUUUCCCAAUCCCAGAGACCAGCAGGAUACAAGAGAAAAUAAUGCUGCUUCAUAUCAGGAAUUGGCCUGAGAAAGAGCAGCAGAACCUCAGUGCUGGGAGAUAUUGUUUAGUUCCAUAUGGAUCUGACAUGUCCAGGAUGAAGAAGAUCAUAGAAGUUGGAAGGGAAAGUAAAAAUGUUCAGGGGAACCUCAGCCGAACCCAAACUCCCAAUGAAUCUGUCAGAACCCCCAACCAGAAUGAGAGGUUCCAGGUAUCUCAGGAACAUUGUGUUGAUGGAACCUCUUCUGCUCUACAAAUACAAAAGCUACAUAAUACUACUAAUAUACAGGAUAUCAGAAGGCCCAAUAUUUCCAAACUUAAAAAGGCGAAGUCCUCUGUAAAAUCACACAUUGCCAAGAUGUGUCACCAAGGCACAAAAAUGCAUAUUUCCUCUAAAGCCCACAGUGCCCUGAAACCUUUUAUCUGCCCAAAAUGUGAGAGGAGAUUUUGUGACAUCCGGAACCUUCUCACCCACCAGAGAAUCCACACGGGGAGGAGCUUUGUCUGCUCCAAAUGUGGGAAAUGUUUCUCUCACAGAAAGAUCCUCAUUGCUCAUAAAUGGGUUCAUACUGGGAGGAAACCAUUCACCUGCACUGAAUGUGAUAUGGGCUUCUUAUGGAACAGGGACCUUCAGGAACAUAAAAAGAGCCAUAAAAGAAGAAAAAAUAGCAGCUAUCUCUUGGCUCACAGGGGAAAGAGACUGAAAGAAGUUAGUACUGACUCUUGUAAAAGAGAGAAGGUGUUUUACUGCAGAGAGUGUGGUAAAAGCUUCAGGCAAAAGUCUAGGCUUGAGAUCCACAUUCAGUGCCACACAGGCGAGAAGCCAUUUGUCUGUGUUCAUUGUGGGAAAGGCUUCAGAGAUAAGUAUAAACUCAGUCUGCAUCUAAGGAUUCACACAGGAGAGAAACCAUUUGUCUGCACUGAGUGUGGGAAAGGCUUUAGGGAUUCGAGCUCUCUGAAAUCUCACCUCCAGAUUCACACAGGAGAGAAACCAUUUGUCUGCACUGAGUGUGGGAAAGGCUUCAGGAAAAAGUGUGAUCUCAAAUCUCACCUUCAUAUUCACACCGGAGUGAACCCAUUUGCCUGCACUGAGUGUGGGAAAUGUUUCAGGGAUAAAAGCGAACUGAACAUUCAUAUUAACGUACACACAGGAAAGACUUUCCCCUGUACGGAGUGUGGCAAAUCCUUUGCAGCAAAGAACAAUCUGAAAAGGCACCAAAUGGUUCACACUGGGGAGAAACCACACGAGUGCACAGAGUGUGGGAAACGAUUCAUGGAGAAAAGUAAACUAGAGAGACAUUAUCUAAAUCAUACUGGAGUGAAACCAUUCAGCUGCUGUGAGUGUGGAGAACAGUUCAAAUGGAAACACCAGCUCCAGUAUCACCAACUGAGUCACACUGGGGAGAGGCCAUUUGUCUGUACUGAGUGUGGGAAGAGCUACAAGAGUAAGGAUACACUCACUGCACACGGUCUUAUUCACACUGGGGAGAAACCAUUUGUGUGCCCUGAGUGUGGGAAACCAUAUAAGAGCUACAGUGCACUGAGGUACCACCUCCAGACUCACAUUAGAUGAUAGUAUCUUGCUAGUAUCCCACAUCUCAAUGUUCCUGAGCUAUCCCUCAUCUCAACGUUCCUGAGCUAUCCCUCAUCUCAACGUUCCUGAGCUAUCCCACAUCUCA